CCCGGAGCGCAGUAAGAAACACGACUUUAUGAGUUUUUGAGAACAACCAUUUGUUGCAGUAGUGUUGUGUAGGCAGAAAUUGUUUGCUUUCGAAGUUCAUGUAGGCCCUAAUGAGUGAUUUGAUAGAUCAUGAUUUGAUAAGUUCUGUAAAUUCGACAAUCCAUUCGUUUAGAGACAUUUUACACGCGGGAACAGGUGCCGGUAACAGAACAAAUAAACAAGAAACUACACUCAUCGAAAGCAUGAAUGGCGACAGUUUGGAUGUGAGCGGAGAGGGUGGAAGCGAUGCUACGAAUGAUACUAACAGUCAGGUCAUCUACCUGAGAGGCGAUGAUGAGACAAAUAGCUUUGCGAUUCAUGGACAGAAGGUUGACAUAGUAGCAAGCAGUCAGAGUGCUCAGAAUUCAGCCCCAAGUAGUAACAAGGUGAAGAUUGUACCGGUGGUGACGUACAACUGGGAAACGAAGCUUUACUUUGGGAACCUGAUUGCGAUACAUCAGUCUGGAAUCUACGUUGCUUACAUCCUUAAAAAAACACCAGGCCCGGAUGGGAUCGUGCGUCUGGUUAACCGAAAAUCAGCAGAGAGGGUGCUGCUGAGGAACUUUGUCGGCUGCGUGUGUGACAUCGCGUUUGCCUACAUUAACUCGCACAUUCUGUUGGCCUGUGUGGACGAACCAGGAAGUCUGUUUGUCUACGAAAUCACAGAGGAUAAUGGGAAAAUGCUUACGCAGUGUUUGUUGCACAUUGAUGCACCUAAGACGAGUGAGCCAACGACUAACCAUCGUGUCAUCUGGUGUCCGUACAUCCCAGAAGAUCCUACAAGUAGCGACUCUCCGGACGACGUUGGGCAGCUGCUGGUGCUCACCCACGACAACAAGGUGGAGAUGUGGAACGUGGACGUGAUACGGAGGGAACUGAAAUGCACUGAUGCUGAUGUGAUGAAGGUCUGCAGGGAGGACAUUGAGCCGGGUACGCUGCAAGGCAUGCUUACCAUCACCGACCACAAGCAGCUGGUAACGGAUGCAGCCUUCUCUCCGGAUGGGACAGCUCUAGCCACGGCGAGUGCCGAUGGCUAUGUGAAAUUCUUCCAGGUCUACAUGGUGGUGGAUGGACCGCAAGAACCCAGAUUGCUGCAUCAGUGGCAACCUCAUGGCGGCAAACCUUUGUCUGCCCUCUUCUUCCUCGAUAACCACAAAAAACCCAAUCUAGAGGUUCAGUUCUGGAAGUUUGCCAUGACAGGAGCUGACAACAACAGUGAGAUUAAACUGUGGAGCUGUGAGUCGUGGACUUGCCUGCAAACUCUCAGUUUCCUGCCCUCACCUCAGGAUGACAUCCGGCCAUGUCUAAAGGCCAUGGUAGAUCUUAGUGCAGAUUACCUCAUCAUGUCAGACAUGAACAGACGGGUGGUGUACAUGCUGCAGCUGUAUCAGGAUGCGGAGGGACAAGUGGCGCAAGUGAGCUGCAUCAGCGAGUUUAUCCUCGCGCAGUCAUGCCUCAGUCUGGCCGCACUGGACGUAAGCCGUACAAAGUUCAAGAAGUCUGCCGACCGUGACAGCUUGGAUGAGAUUACCACAGGAGCCAUCACCGAUUCGCGCGACACAGAGGCAGAGUGUGAGUACGAGACACCGGACGGCAGCAGCGGUGUUGAGGCCGCUGUCUGGGUCGUUGCUAAGAUCUACUCAGUCUUUCCCAAGAUCCUGCAGGAGCUGCAGAUACGAUACGAACCGGCACUCUCCGCCACUCUAUCCGCAGAUGCAGGCUCACUGUCCUCCCUUUCCGUGGGAGACACAGGUGGCAUGGAUGAGCAGGCGUUCAGGGACGGUCUGUCGGACAUGAGCAUGAACAUGAGCAUGGACGUGGCGGCGGAUGCGGAGUGCGCAGCCUCCGUACCGAAGCCAGUGCUGCUUGGCCCGGAAGCCUUCAGGAGUUCUCCCGGAACUGGCGGCCAUGACAAGAGCGCAGACAGCAGCAGUGGCUUUCCGAUGGCCAUCCCGCUUCGCAGCGUCUCGCCAACUGGCAAGCACGAGAAACAAGAGGUUUCACUUAUAGAUCUAGAUGAUCAAAAUAACGGAUCACUGGCAAGUUUUCACACAGCUGAAUCAACAGCUAGCAUGGUUGGUGUUGAUGCGAUCUCGUGCGAUAACAAUCGCCAAGUUUUGGACUCGGACGAGGCCGGACUUCCACGGGAGGGCGCCACCGCGGUGGCUGCGCCGACGACAGGGAAGCAACUGACGCGUGAAGAUCGUAGCAGCGCCUCUAGCAACACCAGCCUGGAAGUCAGCGAAAUACUCGAGGGAUCCUCACGCAAGAAGAGCCCCGUAGCUGAGGAGAGACCGAGUGAAGAAGCCCCUGAUGAGGUGGAAAUUGAAGAGGAGGUAGAGAUAGUUGAGGACGAGGAUGAGGAGGAGAGGAUGCUACCUGCAGAUGGCGCCGGCGGUGCGGCGGCGGCCUCGAUUCUCCGCGACCCCUACGAUUCUAACAUCUGGCCACCGGCUCCAAACAUUGCUGAUCUGGACGUCUCUAAGAAUCACUCACCCUUGGUUGGGGUUCUGCACACUUCGUUUAACAAGUAUCAGGGUGAAGGAGCAGGAGCAGGGGAACCUUCCGCCAGUAGAGUGGCAUUCAACAAAGAGUCGUCGCCAAAGAAACCUGCAUCAGUGAGUGAAGGUGAAGUCUACUUGCAUUCCAGUUUAAGUCCGAGGUUGUCUAGAGUUCAGCAGGAUGAUAUCAGCAGACAACUGCUUGAGGUUCAGGCUAUACUCAAGGUUCAGCAGUUGGAGCUGCAGGAACUAAGGCAGGAGGUGAAGCUAUCGCAAGCAGCCAGCUCUUCUGCCGCAGGUGACUUGUUGCCAUCCAUCCGCUCACAUCUCGACAGUGUCGGUGCUUCGAUGAAAAAACACUUCGAUCAGUCGUUAGCGAAGAGAGCUCAGGCCGACUCUCGUAGGUAUGAACAGACACGAGCGGACGAACAACAGCUAGAGAAAUCCCGCCAAGAUCGCCUUAUUGGCUCCAUCAGCCACAACGUGAGUGGCGCUCUGUGCACUCAGCUAGAGAAGUCUGUCAAGACAGAGAUGAAGAGCAGUGUAGUACCAGCGUUAAACAAAUCUCUUGAGCCAAUGAAACAGCAGAUACUCACUGACAUAUCUCAGAAGCUGACGACGACCGACUCGCUGCUAAAGGACAGUAUCAGCAAGCUAGUGCGAUCAAAGGGUACCGUGGAUGCUAUAGGACAAGCUGCUGGCCACGCCAUACUGUCCACCGUCCAGCAGUCCUACCAGGACGCCUUCCACAGCAGCGUGACUCCAGCCUUCGAGAGAGCCUGCCAGAAUCUCUUUGUACAAAUGAACGAAACAUUUCAGAAGGGAACAAGAGAGUACAUGCAGCAGCUGGAGAACUACGCACAGAAGCAGACAAGGGCGCAGCAGGACGCUAAGGAACCAGUCGUUGCCGAGCUGAAGAAACAAGUGGCUGCCUUCCAGAAGAGCUCGGAGCAGCUGAGCUCACGUCUGCUUGACGAACUGCAGACGAACGUCAAUGAACAACUACAGGGACUAGUUCCAAGCCUACAGGAGGCACUGGGUGCGCGAGUGUGCUCGCUAGUGAAAGAUGAGCUUCAGCAUGCAAUGAAGGACCAGCAGGCCAUCAUUGGAGAGAGCCUGAUGACUGCACUGAGGUCGGGGGCUGCCACGCCUGUUCCGACUCAGCAGCAGCAGCAGCCGGUCGUGAACGUGCAGCAGCAGAGGGAAGAGAUUCUCACAUUGCUGCAGCAGCGACACUUCAAUACAGCCUUCCAGCAGGCGCUGUCUGCGGCCAACCUCAGUCUUGUGAUCUACGCGUGUGAGAUGGCGCUGCCCGCACAUCUGUUCGAAGAGUUGCCGUGUCCGCUGCAGCAGCCAGUGCUGCUUUCCCUCAUUCAGCAGCUGUCUGCAGACCUCGUCAGUAACACGGAGCUAAAGCACAGGUUCCUGGAAGAAGCCGUCAUGAACCUGGACAUGUCACACUCGGUGACACGCGAGCAUGGGCCUGCCGUGCUAACCGCUCUGCGCCGCAAGCUUGCAGCCUUCAUCGAAGCCCACCCUGGAAGUCCGCUGCAUCGUGCGAUGAAGAUGCUGAUGCUUGCCUCACAAACCAUGCUAGCCUCCACCUCACCCACAUAAGGGGGCCUCAGAAGGGAGGGGGGUAGGAGGCAAGCAGACCCCCUUCUCUCAUACCACUUCCUCUUGACCCCUUCUGUUAUACCCCUACUGUUUGACCAUUGACCACAUCUGCUAUAUCUCUCCCUUUGGACCCAUUCUUCCAUUACCCCCCACCAUUCUCAUCCUGGACUCCUUUUUCCACUCCUGAUUGAGCAUUCCUCCAGACCUCUCCCCCAGAGACCUUGUUCCAUCCCCUUAUCCCCCUGUACUUCCCACUUCUGUAAUGGUGAGUGGAUGGUGAAACGUUGAAGUCUUAAGUAUUCGUGGUCGCUGUGCCUCUGUGCUGAUGACACGUUCCAGCUGCUUACACUUCGGUAAAGAUGUGUUUUUCACGAUAGAGCAAGAUGUUGCCGAUCUGUUUGUGUAACAAAACAAACAAAUAAACAAAAUAGGAACCAGCGCAGGCAUGUGAAAUCUAUGUAGCCUGAGAACAAGGGUCUAAUGUCAGAAACGUCAUAAUACGCAAAAUAUAAACAUUAAAAAUAGUUAUGACAUCAUGAGUCUAAAUUUUCAUAAUGCUUUAAGUGAUUUGUCAUGCAAACUUUAUGUCAUUUUAGACUACACUUAAUUUAGUCAUAACUGUUUGUUUCUGACAAUAGGCCCAAGUGAUAAUGAUUUAUAUAAGUGAUUCAUAUGGGUUCAUAUGCCGCAUAAUCGCAAGAGCAUAUCAAAUGCGAGAGCAAGCAACAAUAAAAACUGAAAAGCAUGUCAUAGUUUUAGUCUAAAUAAAUAAUGUUGCACACAUUUCUAGCUGCGUUAAUCACAUUUGCUGCGUGGUUAUGCACGUCUAGCUCUGGAAAGGAACGUGGCAGGGACAAGUGCAUGAACAACUUUCGUCUUUUUUAAUCAAUCCAGCAUAGCUGAUUAUUACUGAAGUACAUUAUUCAAAAUACAAAAAUAACAUUACAUUAUUCGACUGCAACUAAAACACGGUUUCCCAGUUUUUAUCUUUGUUCACUCUUGGAUUUGUGCGUUACGAUAAUAGGAUAAUCGGUGAUCAUUUAAUUAUAUUGUAAUCAUCAUGGCAUUUUAUCUGAGUAAUGGCACAUCUAGCCCUCUGGCAUACCAUCUCUCUAACGUUAGGUCUGUGCGCAAUUAUGGCAAGCAUCAAAAUUCUGCCCUCAGAACCAUUACACUGAUGAAACACUAGUAAACCUGCACGAUAGAGAUUAUUGGUCUGUCUGUAGUGUAUGGCCGUAUGUGUAUGUGCGUUCCCCUUCCUACCUUAUCACGUACCCAAUAUGUACAUGUAUCUAUGUAUAUAAUUUUAAAUGCUUAUAAUUUUACCUGCCUAUAGUGGUUUAUAUUCGUACCGGCAACCGCAAGAGUGAGAUAAUAUAAUAAAUGACACUCAUAUACGAGGGUUUACAGUGAUUCAACUAUACAUCUCAUUUUUUUUAUAUGUCUAGUGUAUAAGAUAUAGCUGUAGCAAUGCACCUUGCUGUUUUUGUGCCAGUUUCAUCUUUUCAAAUUCUGUUUAAAAAAUAAGGUUAACGUACGUCAGCUCGCAUGGGCAGUUUAUCAUUUUGGCCGAGACUCGAGCGGAGCAGUAAUCGAUAAACGUAUUUUUUGUGUUCGAAGAGAGCCUUAGAUUAUUUUCUGUGACGCCACGUGUUUGUGACGGACCGACAUGCUCGGGAUACGUUCGGCACCCUGCAGUGACGCGUUUGUUUGGAACGGAUGGGACUGAUCCUGGUCACUCGAUUCUGAUUUGCCCAAAUGCAAACACACCUUCGACAGUUGUGGAUAUACCUGUUAUUGUAACCUAGUACAGUAUGGUUUGUAACUAUAGCAGCAGCAAGCACUGAUUGGCUGAGUCUCAUGUGCUGCCAUCUUGGAUCACUUGAAUCCACAUUACAAGCAGGAUUGACAAUUCUUGACUCGGAUCACGAGAGCCACCCAAACGAACACGUCCUAACGUUAUCAUUAUCAACUGCCUCGUGAUAGGCAUUUAUUGCACAUAGUAUGUGAGCUGAUAGUGGGAACGACGACAACUGUUGAUAUGGUGAACUUGUCUUGAGGUGCCAUGCCGCACAAUUACUGUAUUAUCCUGUUUUGGUUUCCUGUUAUUAUCCACUAUUAUGGUUUCUAUGAUCAGUGCUCAUUUACAAUGGUCGGUUUCGAUCAGUGGCUGGUUGUAUUUGAGUUUGAAUAUAUUACUUGUCAGAAUAAGUCUGUUGCAUUUGUAGUGUUUUUACAUGCACUUUUCGCAGAAAUAAUUUGUGAUAUUCACUUUGUAAAGUGUCCUUUUUCAUUGUAGUGGAAAAGAUACGGAUUCACACAUACAAUGUCAUAGUACAUUAUAUCGUAUGAGCACCAUCUCGCACAGAUAUAAUAACUUAUAUAAUUGUGCAAUGAACAGAGUCCAUGUCCAUAAUAACAUUUAUCUGUUACUGAAUUAAUUUAUCCUCUUUACAUCUCGCGAGUAAACCAACCUUCUCUUCUUUUAAAGUGGGUUCUCUGAACCUAGUAUAUAAGUAAUUCAACAUUUCAAUGGUUACCUUUUCCCACAUUUUUUUAAUUUUUGUCAUGUGUUACUGCAUUGUUACCAACGCGGCGAUUUCGAGUGGUUGUUCCACAGCAUUGCAUCAACGUCAAUCAGUUGGAGGGAAAAAGAAGUGACAGACAAACAGUGACAGUGUCAGUUUUCUGAACAGGCAACGAGAUCAUGGCUAUGCUUAGCAUGCCAUGUAACACUAAAGAUUUGGGUAGUAAUCGUAAUUUGUAUUUAUCAUUUUAUUACUGGAACGGCUAGUGUCCCUGGAGUGUUAUCGGCAUAAGCAUACUCCACAUAACCACUACUCUCUGUGCAACAGCUGUCAAUAAAAGUAGACGAACAUCAAUUUA